AUGGCUCAACUUUACGUUCUUGUUCUCAUGGUACAGUGUUUUCCCGCAGCUCUUGCAAACUCGCACUCGAGCUGGAUAUCACCGCCAUACAACUACUUUUUCCAAUUUCCUCUGCCCAUUCCUCCAAAUAUCAAUGCCCUAACCUCGUUCACGGAUCCCAACACAAACACGACUAUCGACUUCUUUCAACUCAACGUCACUUCCUUCCAGGCACCGAUAUACCCAGACCUUGGGAAAGCUCACCUUGUGGGGUACAAUGGAAUUUCUCCGGGUCCGACAUUUAGAAUACAUCGGGAGCGACAAAGUGUCGUGCGCGUUGUCAAUCAAAAUGCUCAACCGACUGUACUGCAUCUUCACGGCUCGUAUACCCGUGCCGUCUGGGAUGGCUGGGCGGAGGAUUUGAUUCAGCCUGGGGAAUAUAAAGAUUAUUAUUUCCCAAACUCGAAUACCGCCAGAACCUUGUGGUACCACGAUCAUGCGGUUAUGAUCACUUCAGUAAAUUUGUAUGCUGGUCUUGCAGGUUUCUACAUCAUCGAAGAUCCCGAACUGGAGGCUCGGCUCGGUCUUCCCCAGGGCAAAUACGACGUGCCCCUUGCCAUCGGUGCCAAGCAGUAUACGUCCACCGGAGAUCUCACCCAGGUAGCGGACGAAGUAGAGAGCGUAUACGGUGACGUGGUUGAGGUAAAUGGGCAACCAUGGCCAUUUCUAUUCGUCGAGCCACGAAAAUAUCGGUUUAGGAUAUUGAACACAGCUCUCAGCCGAAGCUUCAUUCUAGGGGUUUCGGACAGCGAUUCUGGAGCAGCAGUGCCCUUCCAGAUUGUGGCCUCUGACUCUGGAUUCUUGAGCGCCCCAGUGACAUCUACCGAAUUAACUGUGGCCAUGGCGGAACGAUGGGAAGUGAUCAUUGACUUUUCAGAUUACAAGAACCGGAACUUGACACUAACAAACCAACGAAACGUCUUCGACGCUCCUGAUUAUGCAGGAACAGAUCGUGUGAUGCAAUUUAAUGUCGGUUCUGUUGCCUCUUCCACUUCCAACAACGGCCCGACGCCUUCAUCCUUGAUCGCGAUAAAAGUUCCAUCCGCCACAGCUACGGUCGAUCGGACGUUCAAAUUCGAUAAAGAGCAUGACACUUGGGUAAUAAAUGGCGUUUCGUUUAACGACGUCAAGAAUCGAGUUCUCGCAAAUCCCUCGCGAGGCGGGACUGAGAUGUGGCUCCUCGAGAACCAGAACGGCUUUUGGAGCCACCCGAUUCACAUGCACAUGGUCGAUUUUCAGAUUAUCUCCCGGGAAAACGGCCGGAACAUUGUCGAGCCUUACGAAAAGGUCGCGCUUAAGGAUGUAGUACUCCUUGGUCCAAAGGAAAAAGUUACAGUCGCUGUCACAUUUGCCCCGUUCGCUGGGUUGUAUAUGUUUCACUGCCAUAAUGCCAUACACGAAGAUCAUGCGAUGAUGGAUGCCUUCAAUGUUACAGAAAGGCUAGGAUUAGGUCACAGUGCAUCUGACUCGAACUUUACGGAUCCAUUGGACGCCCGAUGGAAGGCGAGGAACUCUACGAAUGUCGACUCUCAAUCAGCUUUGAAAGACACCCUGUUGCAAUUUCUUGCUACCGGUGCGUAUCAGAACUCAUCGAACCAAGAGACUCAGGCACCGGUUCUAACAUCACGGGGCGUAUCUACUCGGCCUCAAUGGUUGUCAUUAUUAUUAGCUCCGUUUGCGGGCACUCUCAUCUAG